AUGCGCGCGGACAGGCUUUGGUCGAGGCUGGCGGCCCUGGGCUGGGUGGCCGUUAUGGUGGGCUGCCACGCGCCCGGCAACGAGCCCGAGGCGGUCAGGUACGGGUCGGCAGACGAGAGGUUCGUCAGCGACACCUACACAGUGGCCAACAUCAACAUAACCUACGAGGAUGAGCACGGACAGCCCUACACGGAGACUUCGGAGCGGACUAUUUUAGCCGCUUUAGAGGCGGCUAUUAAAGGAUUUCGAAAGCGAGGC